UAUAUAUAGCGGUGCGGACCACAAAUGCAGACGGAUCGCCUCUCUUCUCGAACCAUCGACGCUGGGAAACCCUUGCGCUUGCUCGCGUUGAGAUCCGCCGCCCCCUUGUGCUGCGCUUCGCUCGCCUGCCUUCCUCGGCUGUAUAGGGCCUUCUAUUUUGAAGUUUUAGGGUAUAUACCGUAAGAGAUAUAAAUCAGUUCCUGUUCUUUUAGAUGAUGAUAGUAACCAAGGGAGUGCUAAAAAGGGAGAUUUUUUAUCUUGUUGUGGCAGGUAUUCUGGAAGUUGUAGAGGCUCUUCUGGAUCUUAGAUUUGAUGGCGGAACACUUGGCUUCUAUCUUUGGCACAGAAAAGGACAGGGUGAACUGCCCAUUUUACUUCAAGAUUGGAGCUUGCCGGCAUGGGGAUAGGUGCUCACGGCUCCACAACCGCCCCACUAUAUCCCCAACCUUGCUGCUUUCCAAUAUGUAUCACCGACCUGACAUGAUCACUCCAGGUGUUGAUGCUCAGGGGCAGCCAAUUGAUCCUGAAAAGAUCCAAGAGCACUUUGAGGAUUUUUAUGAGGACAUUUUUGAGGAGCUUAAUAAGUUCGGUGAGCUCGAGAGCCUUAACGUAUGUGACAACCUUGCUGACCAUAUGAUUGGAAAUGUCUAUGUUCAGUAUAGGGAAGAGGAUCAAGCAGCUGCUGCAAUGAGGGCCUUACAGGGACGGUUCUACUCAGGACGACCUAUAAUUAUCGAUUUCUCUCCUGUCACAGACUUUAGGGAAGCCACGUGCCGUCAGUUUGAAGAAAAUAGUUGCAACCGUGGUGGAUAUUGCAAUUUCAUGCAUGUGAAACAAAUUGGUAGGGAAUUACGGAGGAAGUUGUUUGGCCGGUACCGAAGAACUGGCAUGCGAAGAAGUAGAAGUCGGAGUCAUAGUCCAAGCCCAUAUCAUAAGAAGAGUUCACGUGAUUAUGAUCGUGGUGACAAUCGUGUUCGUGGUGAUUAUCGUGAUCGUGGUGAUUAUUAUGAUGGUGGGAGGAGUGGGGACAGACAUGGAAGCCAUGAAAAAGAUGGAGGUAGACGGAGACAUGGAAGCCCAAGACGCACUAAGAGUCCAGUUAGGGAAGGAAGCGAGGAACGUAGAGCUAAAAUUGAGCGAUGGAACCGAGAAAGGGAGCAGAAACAAGGGUGAGACACAAUAUCAACUAUAAUUCUUAAAUGGCUGGCUGAGGCUUUUCUUAGGUUGCUUUCUCCCUUAUAAAUUUGAAUGUUCUCGAGCCACUUCCAUUGAAAUCCUUGAACUGGAACAGUUUUAUCUUAUGUGCUUCUGUAAUGCUAUUGAACCUUGUGGCUUGUUACAUCUUAUUUAGACAUUUCAUGUUUAACUCUGUUGUAUUGCAUGGAAUUAUAUGGACCCAGACUUCUGUAGCUAUGCUACUUAUGCUG